AUGAAGGCCCGAAAGUCGAAGAAGUUAGCUGCCAGUCCAGAUCAAGAAUAUGUUGUUGGCGAGUGUUCUACAUCCUCUUUCUUAGGCAAGGAAAGCUCAUCUUUUCACUCAGACAAGAUCAUAGGCGCAAUGCUCUGUGGGCCAUUGGAGAAGAGCGAUGAUACUCAAACCUUGGUUUUCUGGUCAAAGUGGAUUUACUAUGUUCAAUGGCAAGAGUGUUCCAAGGAAAAUUACACCUGGGAGCCUAUCGGCAGCUUCGAAGCACGCAACAAAAAGGAGGAUGACUCCUUCUUUAUCCAGGAUUUCUGGCAAGCUAUCAAAUCCUCAGGCCACGCCAAAGUUGGAGAAAAGGUUUGGCUCAAUGAGGAAGAGAAGGAUCCAGCCUCAGACGGACUUCGGGAGCAAAAGGGAGCCGGGAGCACGCCGGAACCUGGAGGGUCCAGCAAAAAAGCCAAGCGCCGCAAGCUCAAUGAGGAAGAGAAGGAUCCAACCUCAGACGGACUUCGGGAGCAAAAGGGAGCCAGGAGCACGCCAGAACCUGGAGGGUCCAGCAAAAAAGCCAAGCGCCCAGCUCUGCGGCAGCUCCUGGAAUCAUGGCAAGUAACGAGUGAAGACUACAUGUUUGCAGCUUAUCGCAGGCGCACACCGACUCCCCCGCUCCUCGAUUCACUCCUAAUCGACUACGCGACUGCGGAUGAACCUGCUACGCUAGGAGAAUCCUCCGCUUCAGAGCUCCUAGGCCACUCGACGAAACUAUCAGGGACUCUGCGCACGCUCCUAUGUCUAAUGCGCACGGCUGCAGCGCCCCUUGCAUUCAGCAGCCCCAGCGAGGCCUCGAUCCUCGAAGCAUCUUGCAUACACUAUGGGCUUCGGGGAUAUCGGCGACGGCAGGCAAUCGGCGCCCAGCCCUCCAAAGCCUACCAUCCCGACUCGAACACCUCAUAUCCAUAUCAUACGCGGAACGCAGAUGGCGUACUCUAUCUACAAUAUUUGCGAUGCCAGACCUCCGUUCUCCACGCCAUCGAUGUUGAACGCCCUCGACGGCGAGUCCUUGAGUCCGUGUCCUUGGGUACUUGCACUCGAGUAGGUCAACGAUACCCGAUGCUGAAGGCAAGGGCGAGGUCCGGGUACGGGGCGCGGAAAACGCAUCUCAUGAGUCCCCGCAGGCCCUAUCGCAGGCGCCCCAAAGGCAGCACCGUUAUAUGUGUCCAGCUUCAAGGUGUCACAGUUAACGGCGUCCAAUUCCAGCACAUUCAUGCGCAGACCUCCCUCGUGAGUCGUGUAGCUUCGCGACUCGUGGAUGCAUGGGAGGCGACGCCUUCUGCUCGCUCGCGGGGAUCCCUCAACUACUGCACCUCUAUUGUCUCCUUAUCGUGCUUGGAGAACCGGCGAGGACAACACUUCCUACCCCACGAUGGGCCCAAAGCUCAGACGCCCAAACGCGGCUCGCAGCGCAAGCCUGCUACAUCUACAUACCGCAGCGCCUGCUUCCCUGCUCUCCUCCUGCACACGCCACACGAGAGUACUGGGUGCUGGGUGUUCACGAUUCCCAGGCAUCCCGCAAUCCGUCGCAAGUAUCAGCAGCAACCGCCACAUUCCGACGAAAUUCGAGCAAUUUGA